UUGGUAUUUCUCAUCAAACUUCGCGCGGUCAUACUGAGGCUCGUGUUGAUUCCAAUUUGUUAUUUUUUUGGCUUAAACGUAUUUAAGUUAAGUUAAACGAAGCGCACAACUAAUAUUUAGGAUGAAUAUGAACCCAGUAACUCGCUGCGCCUUUCUGCUGCUCACACUGGCCGUCUGUGGCAGCUUGGCCAUUCGAUGCUACCAAUGCUCCUCGGACCAAGAUCGCAAAGGCCACGACAGCUGCGGUGCCUACAAAAGAUUCAAUCGCACGGAGCACAUUGCCAUCGAGUGCAACAGCGAUGAGAGUCACAUGCCAGGAUCCUUUUGCAUGAAGGUGGUACAGCAAGGUCCUCGUGGAUUUAUCUGGGAUGGUCGCUGGCGGCAGGUGAUCCGACGUUGUGCCUCCGUUUCGGACACCGGAGUCACGGGUGUUUGUAAUUGGGGCGUCUAUGAGAACGGCGUGUACUGGGAGGAGUGUUACUGCUCCAACGACAGCUGCAAUGGCUCUAGCCUGCGGAAAAUUCACGGGUCUCUGCAGCUCCUCAUAGGAUUCCUCCUAAUUGGCGCCGCCUCGAGGUUUGUGAGAAGCUAAAUGGGAACUUUUGAAGAAAUCACAGUCCAAUUCCCCACCAUAACUACGAAGAAAGUGCCUUUUCACACACGCCUCUCUAUUAGUCUUUAAGCCAACGAUAAUAUUUUGAUACAAAAAAAAACCACGCACUCCGUCCAUUUGUCAGACUCGAAACACAAUCCAGAAAAUGUAAGGAUUAAGUUAAAUAGUUAAAUGGUAGAUUCGUACAAACUACUGUGUUCUCAAUUUCGAAUAAAAUAUAUGAUUGUAUUAAGAGAAAGGUAGUACACAUUCCCAACUUCUAUUUUAUAAAGAAUGUAAAUCGAAAUGUAACCUAAAGCGAUACAGCCACAAUCAAAAUAUAUUUAUAUAGUGUA